CUUCUGGUAGACUAGACGUAGACUAGACGUAGCUGGCCACUGUCUGGCGAUACGACGAUCCACAGUCCAAGGCUCGCUCCGGUCCCCUCUACUACCUCUUCGUGGUCAGGAUGCUCACAGUAAAUCGCUUCGAUGCCACCGUGGGCGGUAGUCAGCAGCCUGACCAGAAUGCGGCUGCCUCAUCAUCCCGCCUUGCUGCCCUGGCCGAGCGCAAACGCAAGCGAGCCCCUACUGAUGAUGGACCUGCCAAGCCCUCGACUUCUACGGCCACCUUCUCCCUCGGAGCGACGUCAGCAUCAUCUUCGCUUACAGCGCCUCCUACUCAAGCUCCGCGUCAGCCGGUAGGACCCUCCAUUCACCCCUCUCGUUUAGCUUCAGCACCCAUCCUCGCUCAAUCGGUCAAGAAGGCAGCUGCAAAGGCCGGCGCACCGAGGGAAAAGACAAAGGCCAAACAGAGGUACCUCAACAAGAAGAAGUCGAAGAGGAAGGCAAUGAAGAAGGCAAAGGGUGGAAACAAGGCGGCCGGAACAUCGAAUGGUGCCGGCGUGGCGCCAGGCAUCUCAAGUCUGAGGCAGACAGAUACAGCGGCACCUGAGACAGAGGACAGCUCAGAGGAAGGUAGCGAUGACGAAGAUAUCAGCAUGGCGUCUCCGGCGGAAUCAACUACCGCCGCUAGGGAUCAGGGCCCCACAGCAGUCGCAGCGAUUGGUGCGUCUGCUGUAGAAACCCCAGUCGAAGCAUCUUCGAGCGAUAGCGACUCCUCAUCGUCUGACUCCGACAGCUCCUCGGUCUCUUCUUCCUCCUCUGAUGACGAGACUGACGAAGAAGCUGCCACGAGCGAGACCAUUCAAGAGUCGAGUGAGGCUUCGGCUGCUCAGCCUCAGCCUCCAGCAGAUGAAUCGAGACCAGAUGAGCGGCCGAGUAUGGGCCUGCUGGUCAGGAACAAGCCCUCGAAUAAGCUCUCUGCCGAGGCUCGACGGUCAUUAGCGGUGCAAGGUCUGCCUCGAGGAAUGGUUGAGGCAAAGGUGGUAGAUCCUGCGACAAGGCAGACGUUGACUGCUCGCGACGAUAUCAAAGCAUCGGAUCCCGAUGCGAUUGCAGGCAUCAGCCUGGACCAGGCACUAACAAAGAGGGUGAAGGAGAUGGGAGUGAUAGAGUGGUUUGCUGUACAAGCCGCUGUCAUCCCUCAUCUGCUCUCCACGUCGGCCUUUGUGUCGCCCUUUUCUCCGCCUCGAGACCUCUGUGUCUCCGCUCCCACCGGAUCGGGAAAGACGCUGGCCUACUCUAUUCCCAUAGUCACGCUGCUGAAAGAGCGCAUCCUAAUUCGCCUCCGUGCUCUGAUCGUUCUUCCUACGAGAGAUCUCGUUUCGCAGGUGAAGGAGACGCUGGAACAGCUCUGCAAGGGCACUGGUCUGCGAGCAGGGACAACGACUGGUGCUCAGAGCUUCGCGCAGGAGCAGACAUUGCUCAUGGACGAAGCUUCGCAAGAGAGCAAGCUGGAUAUCCUCAUCACCACUCCAGGUCGUUUGAUUGAUCACCUCGAUGAGACCCCCGGCUUCACAUUGCAGCACCUGCGAUUCCUCGUCAUCGACGAGGCUGACCGCUUGCUCGGUCAGAGCUUCCAAGACUGGGCACAGAGGCUUCGGAAUAGUAUCGAGGGCCAGACUGACUCGCUAUCUUCUAAAAGGGUAGCUCUAUCGACACAUCAACUUCAGAAGCUGCAUCGACCGACAUCCAAUGCCGCUUGCGACCCUUCCGAGGCAAAGCCAGUCGUCCAGAAGCUCCUCUUCUCUGCGACACUUACUCGCGAGCCAGGCAAGCUCUCCGAGCUGGGCCUGAGAGACCCAGUCUUCAUCGACGUCCGCGACGAGGUGCUAGAAGGAGAAGGUGUGACGUCCAGUGCUGGGCGAUUCACCCUUCCUGCCACGUUGCAAGAGUACAUGCUGGUCGUGCCGACGUCUCUCAAGCCUCUAUAUCUGAUCCAUCUCCUCCUCAACCCUCCCAAAUCGGACAAUCCAGGAAAAGGCAUGCGUCGCACCCUCAUCUUCACCAAGUCGGUCGAUUCUUCUCUUCGCUUGGUUCGUCUGCUGAACCUGUUCCUCGACGCCAAUCAGAAUGGGAAGAAGGACGAGCAAAAGUUGCGCGUAGCAGACUACUCCAGCGACCUCACCCCGGCCCGGCGUCGCGAGCUCCUCGCCUCUUUCCGCUCCGAUCAGCUAGAUAUCCUCGUUGCCUCGGACCUCAUCUCAAGAGGAAUCGAUCUGCCCCUAGUGGAGAAUGUCGUCUCCUACGACGUGCCCAUCGAUGUGGCCAAGUACGUACACCGUGUUGGUCGUACUGCUCGAGCGGGUAGGGUGGGCAAGAGUUGGAGUUUGGUCGAGAGUCAGGAGGCGAGACAUUUCAAGGGGAUGAUCAAGGCUGGUGUCAAGAGGAGUGAGGGCAGGAAGCUUGAGAAGAUCAAGGUGGAAGAGGGACAAUUGGAGGGAUUAAAGGGCCCGUAUGAAGAGGCGUUGCAGAAGUUGGUCGCUUAGUGAGCGGAUGAGCUGGCUGAAGAGUGUAAAGAGGAAUUACAGGUGUACUUGUACCAAGACAAAUGAGAUUCAGACUUGCACAUCAUUAUGGGUUUCAAUUCUUAUAUUACAACACACCCGGCUCUCCUUCUCAGACAAUGGGUUCCCAGCUCACACCACAUCCGCAUCCUGCUCCCUUUGCCUGCGGAUUGUCCUUUAUGGCAAAUUGCGAUCCGAUGAGCUCGGUGACAUAGUCGAUUGUGGAGCCCUGUAGGAGUGUGAGGGAGAUGGAGUCGAUGAGGAUUGGUAGAGGGGGGAUCUCGCCGGAUUCUUGCGUUGCUUGGAAGCGAAAGUCAUCCUCUUCCCCAGGCCCAUCUUGCCCCUCCUCGCCCUCCUCCAGCUCCAUCUUGUACUGAUAACCAUGACAU